AUGGCGGUUCCGUCACGGGGUGUGGUGGACAGGUGCAGAGGUGGUGGGAUGAGUGCGCUCCCUGCCACGUCAACAGUUCCAGCCACGUCAGCUCUUCCAGCCACGUCAGCAGCAGGACAACCUUUACAAGGAUCAGGGGGGGAGCAAGCAGGAGGGAGCGGGGUUGUGGGAGCAGGAGGAGGGGGGAGUGGGGAGAUGCGAUCAGGGACAACAACCACAACAGCAACACAGGCGCCUCUGCUCCCCCCUCCUGUGUCAACCACCCAGCAACUUGCACCAUCUUUUCCCUCAUCAUUCGCGCCUGUUACAGCAGCUGAUGUUUCCUCGUCUCAACUGCAGCCCAGUACUCUUCCCACUCUCCCCACCGGCCCCAAUCCCCUCCCUCUGGUCCCUUCGUCUCCCCCUUUCAGCUUCUCCCUACCCUUCCAGUUCUCCUCCUCCUCCUCCUCAGAACCUCCGCCCUCCUCCGCGCCCCCCCCUCCCUCAUCUUCUCCCCCAUCCCUCACUCCCUCUCUCCCCUCUACCGCCUCUUUCUCCCCUUCUCCUCCCUCUCUGCCAAGCUCCUCCGCUCCCUUGCCGCCAGACUCCCCCUCUUCCUCCUCCCCUCCCUCUCCCGCACCCCUUUCACGCACAUCUCCACCACCCGUGCUCAGUCCCUCGCCCUCACCAUCCUCCGCCUCCUCCUCCUCUUCUCCGGUCUCUGCUUCCUCAUCCCCCUCCCAACAACGCUGCCUAUUCGCAGGCCAGCAGCAGCCGUGCUUCUUCGGCCCCUGCACUUGCACUCCUGGCGAUCCAAGCAGGCAGGCAGACCCAGACGCACCUCCAUACCCACCAGCCCCACCAGGCUCACCAGGCCAAAACGCUAGCGUCCCUUCACCAGACCUGUCCCCUGCUGCUGCUGCUGCUGGCGCACCGGGCACCAGUCCUUCUCCCCGUUCCCCGAACUCUCCCCCCGAGUCUUCUCCUUAUUCCUCUCCUAGACCAAUAGCCACUUCCUCCGCUGCUACUGCUUCACCCCCUUUGGACCAAUCAGAAGAGCCGACUGCCCUGGUUGCUGCUCCACCCCCUCAGUCAAUGACCGCGCAACAGCUGGCCGUCACAGGGGCGGCUGCGCGGGGAGUGCUAGCAAUAGCACUCAUUCCGUCUCUCUCCCUUCUAUCCCUCCCCGAGCAGCAAGAGCGCUUUGAAGAGAAGGCGCAGGAGCCUGGGGGAAGGGCGCAACAGCCUGAGAGGAGGGCGCAGGAGCUUGGGGAAAGGGUGCAGCAGUCUGGGGGGAUAGUGCAGCAUCCCGGGGAGAGGGCGCAGUUCAGGACAGGUCAGCAACAGAGCAUCCCGGCACACGAGCAUAGGCACCAAGAGCAGCAGCAGCCCAUGCCGCCCCUUCAGCAGAACAUGCCGCCCCUUCAGCAGCCAAUGCCGUCCCUUCAGCAGAACGCCAGGCUGCAGCAAGUGCAGCACCAGGAGCAACAGCAGCAGCAGCACCGCAACCAGAGCAGGGAGGGGAGGAGGAGGCCACGAGUGGCAGAGCAGCAUCGAGAAAUGAAGGACCUGCGUGAGGAGGUGGGCGCAGUGAUGGGCUCGGCUGAACAGAUGAGCUCAGGCGUGGCAAGGGGCAUGGGCAUGGACAUGGGCAUGGGCAUGGGUAUGCGUGGUGGUAGCGGCAUGGAUAGAGGAUGGAAUGGUGCAGCAAGUGCAGUGCUUCCGUCUGUUGAGGAGCACAUGGGAUGGCUGGAAGCACAGGCCAGCCUGGAGCAGCAACAAGCACAGAAGCAGCAGCAGCAGCAGCAGCAGCAGCAGCAGCAGCAGCAGCAGCAGCAGCAGCAGCAGCAGCAGCAGCAGCAGCAGAGGCAGCAGCAGAGAGGCAGUGCUGAGCAGCAAGGGACAGGGGGCAACCACAGGCAGUAUACAAGCCAACAGCAGCAGCACCCAUCCUUCACUGCCGUGCCAGCUGCAGUUGAGCUACCUGCAGGCAUCUCAAGCUACCAGGACAAGCCAAGGGGUGCACCGGAGCUAAGAGGUGCGGCCGAGCCAAGGGGCCAGGUCGGGUCAUCAUUUGCUGAUACUGAGCAGACAAGGAAGAAGCAGCGAGGCAUGCAUGCUGAGACGGUGGACGGGAAUGGGGCAGGUGCGCAGUCAGCAGCAGUUGCAGGCGCUGCCAUCACUACUGCUGUGCUGCCAUCGGGGGAGACUGUGGAUGUGGAGCGAGUGGUGAUCGGGCAGGUAAGCUGGGGAUGGGAGGGACGGACUCUCCCCUGCCCUACUCUCACAGCACAUGCGUCUGCUCUCCCACCUCCCCGACUCUUGAGACGUCUCAAAACUCUCCUCCCUCCGUUCCUCCCUCUCCUUAUUUCCCCCCUGCCCCAGCUCUCCCCUGCCCACAUUUCACAGCACAUGCAUCUGCUCUCCCACCUCUCCCACCCUCACAUCGUCGACACCCUUGGCUACAAGCUGCUGGCCGGCAACAUUUGUCUGGUAGCGACAGCCCACAUGUCACAGGGGACUCUCCUCCACUGGCUCAAAGCCUCCUCCCCCCCUUUACUGGACUGGCCUGCAAGGGUGCAGGUGGCUCGGUCGGUAGCCCGAGCGCUCACGUUCGCCCACUCGUGCAAUCCCCCUCUGCCACAUGGCGCUCUCUCCUCGCGCCACGUGGCGUUUGGGGCGGACCUCAAGCCACGCGUCGGCGGCUUUGCUGCUGCCAGGCUGAGAAGACUGGGGCACCACAGGGAAUUGGAUGGAGAUUCUUCUGAUGACAUCGCUGCUGGCAUGGCAGCUGAUGUGGCGGAGUGCAUGGCAUCGGACAUCUACAGCUUUGGUCUCAUUCUCCUCCAUCUGCUCACCGGCCGUGACCCCUUCCUCUCCUCCUCAUCAUCACCACCACCUUCCACCUCGUCCUCUUCCUCUUCCGCUUCUGCCCUUUCGCUUGAUGCCCAUCAGUUGCUGGCUGAGGUGAGUGAUGAGAGGUGA